AUGGCGUCAAGAAACGAGAAAGAGAACUACAACUGCAUUAUGGAAAUUAUAAAUACUGCUGUGUGUAAUGGUCUCCGGGAAAUAUUCAAACAGGAAUGGGAUAAACAGUAUGGUACAACAAAAGGCCUUUGGGACGACACUAGUAUAUCUGGUAACCAAUUGUAUAACAUGGAGAAGGCAAGGCCUGGUGUUAAAAAACAAUACCUAAAUUCGUAUCAAUCAGGAAAAAGAAGUGAAUGGGAUUGUUCUAAUGCGCUUAGCAAGCACUUUGCGCGACAUGUUGCGAACGCGGUUAAAGAAUUGAGAGACCUCCGAAAUAAUAUUAUUCAUGACUUUGGAUCGCAACAUGGAAUAUCUGAAGCUGCUUUUGACAACGCUUGCAAAAAAGUUGAGAAUUGUUUAACAGUACUAAAUCCAUCCACACUAGCGGACCUUGAAAGAAUUAGAAACUCUUUCAAAGGAAACUAUGUUAUUGAUUUAACGAAGAUCAUCUACAUUGGGUGGUGGGCGAUCUUAAUUGGUGUGUCCUUUUAUUGGUUUACAGAUGCCAUUCAUGCGAAAUCACUUUUCAGAGUCCUCCCAACCAGACCAGUUCAUUUGGUUGCUAAUCGAAGUCGAACUGUUAACGCAAUUCUUGAAGAUUUACAGAUUCUGUCCCUGAGAAAUAACCGUACGUUGUCCUAUUUGUAUAUCUCUGGAAAUCCAGGAAGUGGCAAGUCUCAGCUUGUUGGAUUAGUUGGUCAGCGUUAUGGUACAAGUAUUCCAGGACGUUGGUUUCGUUCCAGUACGAGCUUUUUUGUCAUGACUUUAAACGGAAGAUCAUUACAUGAUAUCUUGGAAUCGUAUGUAGACUUUGCCGGUCGUGUGAAUUGCGAUCAAAGUAACAUAGCAAGCAUCAGAAAUUCAAUUGAAGCAACGACAGAAAUGAAAAUACAAACUAUUCAAAGGGAAAUUGCAAAAAUGUUCAGAAAUUUCAAAGGCGAAUACAGUUGGUUGUUGAUAGUUGAUAAUGUUGUAAACUUGAGUGAAAUAUCUUUAUUUCUCCCUCAACUGGAAGAUGAAGACUGGCAAGGUG